AGUCCCAUCUCUUCCUUUCUGUAAUAUCUCUGGUGCGCUGACUUUUUGCGGGGUUGAUGUACAGUAGCUAGCUAUCACAUUUAGCCACCUAAACGGAGGUACACAGAAGCGAAGUAGCCCGUCUUAACCGAUAAACCGACAGGUUGUGGGUGGGUGAUUUCCACAAGAUGUCGUUCCCUCAUCUCAACCGAACCCUUUUGCCACCGGGCAUACCCCCUCCACAGUUUGCUGGUUUUCCUUCAGGUACCCCAAUGAUACCAGUCCACAUGGGUAUUAUGACCCAAACCCCCGCGGUCUUGGUGCCCACCUCCAUGCCUGUGGCACCCAGGAAGGAGGCCGCCCUGGUGAAGGCCAAGGAGACGGACGAGAACAGUGGCCCCACCACCACUGUGUUUGUAGGGAACAUCUCAGAGAAAGCCUCGGACAUGCUGAUUCGACAGCUGCUGGCGAAAUGUGGCCUGGUCCUAAGCUGGAAGAGAGUCCAAGGAGCCUCUGGAAAACUUCAAGGUAAAAACAGAACAGCUUUUGGGUUCUGUGAGUACAAAGAGCCUGAGUCAACGCUGCGGGCCCUGAGGCUGCUCCACGAGCUGCAGAUCGGGGUGAAAAAACUGCUGGUGAAGGUGGACGCCAAGACCAAGGCCCAGCUGGAUGAGUUCAAGGCCAAGAAGAAGAGCAGCACCAACGGCAAUGGGGCAGAGGGUGGAAACGAGGAGGCGGAGGGAGAGGAGGAGGUGAUCGACGAGGACACUAAGAGGCGGGAUCAGGUCGUCAAGGGCGCCAUCGACGGUCUGAUCCGCGAGUAUGGCAGCGAGCUCAAUGCUGCCUCGAAUGAUGAGUCCCCCCACCGCAGGAAGAAGAAAGAGAAGAAAGAAGAGGAGGAUAUCAACGCAAUUGACGGAUUGGAGGAUGACAAGAGAGACCUGAUUUCUAGAGAGAUCAGUAAAUUCCGCGACACCCACAAGAAACUGGAGGAGGAGAAGGACAAGAAAGAGAAGGAGCGUGCAGAGUUUGAUCGCGAGCGACGGGAGAGGGACAAGGAGAGGGAACGCGAAAGGGAGCGCCGGGAUCGCGAGCGGGAGAAGGAGCGCGAGAAAGAGCGUGAGAAGGAGAGGGAGCGCGAGCGCGAGAGAGAGCGUGAACGGGACAGGAGUGACCGAGACCGUGAUCGCAAUCGGACGAAAGAGAGAGAGCGGGAGUGGGAAAGGGAGAGGAGCCGCGACAGGAGCAAUGACCGCAGCCACUCCAGAGAGGUGAGUCGCGACAAGGACAAGAAGCGUGACCAGGAGGAUGAGGAGGAGGUCUACGAGCGGAGAAGGCUGGAGAGGAAACUCCGAGACAAGGAGGCAGCCUAUCAAGAGCGUCUGAAAAACUGGGAGAUCCGCGAGAGGAAGAAGGCUCGAGACUACUCCAAGGAGUCUGAGCGGGAGGAAGAGCGCAGGAGAGAGAUGACUAAAGAAAGCAAACGGCUGAAGGAGUUCCUGGAGGACUAUGAUGAUGACAGAGAUGACCCUAAGUACUACAGGGGCAGCGCACUGCAGAAGCGUCUGAGAGACCGGGAGAAGGAGACUGAGGUGGAUGAGCGUGACAGGAAGAGAGAGAAGGAAGAGCUGGAGGAGAUCAGACAAAGGCUGCUGGCCGAGGGACACCCAGACCCCGAAGCCGAGAUACGCAGGAUGGAAGAGGAGGCGGAGCGUCUGCGGCAGCCUCCGGUGAAGCUAGAGCCCGACCCUGAGGAGGAGCAGGUACACAAGGCCCCACGGGUGGACCGGGAUCGCCGAGGAGACAGGGAUCGAGACCGAGGUGAUCGGGAGAGAGGUGAUCGAGACCGAGGUGAUCGGGAGAGAGAAAGAGGGGAAAGAGACCGAGGUGAUCAGGAAAGAGAGGAAAGAGACCAGGAGAGAGAGGAAAGAGACCGGGAGAGGGGGGGAAAAGACCGGGAGAGGGGGGAGAGAGGGGAAAGAGACCGGGAGAGAGGGGAAAGAGACCGGGAGAGAGGGGAAAGAGACCGGGAGAGAGGGGAAAGAGACCGGGAGAGGGACAGAGGGGACCACCAUGUACCCCAUCACCACCCCCACUCUGAUGUGGAAGAGGGGGGGGAGGAGUUUGAUGACGACGACCAAUUGGUGUCCAAGCCCUGCCUGAAGCCCACGCUGCGGCCAAUCACGGCAGCCCCCUCUGUUUCGUCAGCCAGUGGGGGUGCCACCCCCAACACGCCUUGUGGCGGGGACGAGUCGCCCUGCGGCAUCAUCAUCCCCCACGAGAACUCUCCCCCUCACGAGACCCCCUCUCAGGAGUUCCGCCCCAAGAUCGGCCUCAGUCUCAAACUGGGAGCCACUAGCAGCCCCAGCCAGCCCAACGUGGCCAUCAAACGCAAGAAGCUCACUGUGGACAGCGUCUUUAACAAAUUCGAAGACGAGGAGGCAGACGAGGCUCCCCGCAAGCGCAAGCUGGUGCCCCUGGACUACGGCGACGACGACAAGAACCUCCAGAGUGUGGUAGACGGCGCCUCGGGCCUGGCGGCCAUCAAGGGCGCCAACACAGAGGAGAAACGCAAGCACAUCAAGAGCCUGAUCGAGAAGAUCCCCACGGGCAAGACGGAGCUGUUCUCCUACCCGCUGGACUGGUCCGCCGUGGACUCGACUCUGAUGGAUCGACGCAUACGCCCCUGGAUCAACAAAAAGAUAAUCGAGUACAUUGGAGAAGAGGAGGCUACGCUAGUAGAUUUUGUCUGCUCAAAGGUGAUGGCUCAUGGUACACCACAGGGCAUCUUGGAUGAUGUUGCCAUGGUUUUGGAUGAAGAAGCAGAGGUCUUCAUCGUCAAGAUGUGGCGGUUGCUGAUCUACGAAACGGAAGCCAAGAAGAUUGGGCUGGUGAAAUAAGAAAGCACUAAAUGAAUCCAACUUUUUCUAAUAGAGUAAUCUGACUUGUGUUGUCAGUCACCAAAAAGACUUCUCAAUUUGAGCGGCCUAAAAUCAAAUGGGCUCGACCUAAUACCCCAACAGCAUUCCCACGUUGAGCUCCCGGUUUCUCAUUCUUCCAAUAGACUCUGGUACAUGUCAUGUUACUCUACUGCAGCUGCUGACUUUGUAUUGGUGUAUAGCCUACAUGUGUGUGCUUGAAUGACUGACGACGUGCUUAUUGAAGAUGCAUGAAAGCAACCACUUGGACAAUGACCCUACUACAGUCUCUUGGCUCGAGUUGGAUGUUCUGAGGGUGACAGUGGAGGUAGCGGAUUAGGGGUUAACGGUUGAUGAAGAGAACAUAGCUACUAAGCUGUGGAAAGAAGUUCACCGUUCUGUUUCUCUAUAGUUUUGUGACGUUAGUACUCGGAACCAUUCACAACUUCUAUAUCAUAAAAGUUAUUUGACUGCUGUUUCGACGUGGCAUCUGCUGAGUGAAACUUCUGUUUAUGCGAAGGGUAAACCUUAAAAGGUAUUUUUGUUUUUGUAUUACAAACAAUACUUUCUAUAAAUUCUGCUAUUGAACAUUUGACUUGUGGUUGGUUGGUCUUGUAACACAGGCAACAGCACCGUUUGGAAAGGAUACUGAUCUGUGUAAACAUUGUUUCCAUUUUUUCUUUUUGUACCAGUGGAAAUUUUGUUUUGAAUAAAGAUUUUUUUUAAAGA